ACAGAAGCCGUCUAGCUCCGUGCUAACGGCGCUAGCUCCGGCACUAAACUCCUCACAGAGAUAAAUGUCUAUGAACUCGGAGCUUUAACCCGCGGAAUAAACCGAUGUUUGGAAGUGAACCAAUGAGCGGGGUGAUCGUUUAACCGGUUAACGCGAGGGUUUGUGUCCGUUAAUGUGACUUUAAUCGGUAGUUUAGCCGAAAAACGAGGCUGCUACGGGACCGUGAGCUCGUUAGCUUAAUGCAGGACAGGUGUCCAACCUUUCACAGCUGAUGAACAGGAUGAAGGAGGAGGAGGAGGAGGAGGAGGAGGCUCUGGUGUCGGAGCUGAAGCUGCAGCUGGACGAUGAAAACCUGAACCUGGAGCAGAAACUGCGUCUCCUGAACACCGGCCUCCACGACGUCCUGAGCUCAGCGGCCGUCCAGAGGAGCAGGACGGAUGAGUUGACCCGCGUCAAGGCUCGGUUGUAUCACAGCGGCGUCCUGAAUCACUGCGUCCUCGCUCUGUCCCAUCCCAGCAUGCACCGGGGCGUCUGGAGCGCCGCCGCCACGCUAGCACAGCUCACCAGCUCCUGCUGCGUGGGCCUGGACCCCGGACGCCACUCGGACGCCUUCCUCCGCCUCCUCCUGCCCUCGGUGGUGGACGGCCUCCUCUCAUUGGCCGCGGGGCUGGCGAGGCGAGCGGAGGCGGCGUCUCUGCUCAGGAAGGUGAUGGACUCGGUGCGAUGGCUCCUCUCAGCUCACACUCAGCUCACGGAUCAAGUCCUCAGCUCCGUCCACUACGAGCAGAUCCAGAUGUGUGAGGACGUCUCCGUGUCUCUGCUGUGCGUCCAGCUGUGGACACACCUGUCCUCGUCCUGCAGGGACUUCCUGUCCCGACUCGGCCGAGACUCCGUCCUGUUGCUGCUCAACGAGGCCGUCGGCCAAUUAGCUCUCAGCUCUGACCCUGCGGUGGGCGGGGCCUGCGUCCGGCUGAUCCUCCUCAUGGCCAAUCAGCUGGGGCUCCGCCUCCACGCGCUGCUCCUCAACUUCAGAGGUCUGGACAGCCUAUUGGACAAAGACUGGAGGGGGCGGGGCUUCGACCAGGAAGUGGACCAGCUGAUUGGAAUCAUCCAAUCAGAGAAGGACGUGAUGAGUCCGUCUCAGGUGCGUACUGAGCAUGUGCGGGCGGCCUGUGUGAUCCAAGCGUCCUGGAGGUCGUACCAGACCCGACGCAGAGUGAAGAGUCUGAGCAGAGCCGCCAGCGCCCUCCAGAGGAGAUACAGGGCUCGGAGGAGGCAGCAGGAGCAGCAGAAGGAGGCGCAGCAGUGGGAGGAGGAGCUGAAGUAUCAGGUGAGCGUGAGACGUCAGAGAGCGAGGACGGAGUUCCACCGGAAACAGAGGAGGCUGCUGCAGCUCCUCCCUCCUGGUAAACGCCUGCUCCUCCUGCUCCUCCUACCAGUGCGCCCGUCCUGCAGGACUGUCGUAUCCGUGCCGGCCCGUCGAGGAUCCAGAGCUUCCUGGAUCGCUGCAGGACAGACGCUCCACGGCAAUCACGCUGACCACACACACCAGAGAGCACCACGGCCCAGGACGUGCAGAGUGCGGACACGGUCCUCAAGAGACCAACGUCUUGACGAUGAGACUACACUGUCCUACAGAGACGUCCAGAACGAGGCCCCGCCCCUCUCUGUCGUCACGGUAACGGUGGCUGACUCCUUCCUCCGGCCAUCGGGCCCCGUCGCCGCCCGAGCGCGUGACGCCCACAACGCAGCGCUGCAGGCCGGCCGGCGGCCAUUUUGGAGGAUGCUGGAUGAGGACGGCUGUGGCCCCGCCCACUUGUUCCAGGACCUGGAGGAGGAGCUUGGAGGACUUUACCUGGGGGGACUUUAG